AAUAAAUCAAUUGCAUAUGUACAGUUUGUCUUUUGAUUAUUAAAAUAAUAAUAAAUUGAUUAAAUAAGGAACAGAAGAGCACAAUCGUUUAUUUUUAGAAAAAGAAAUUCACUAAAUUGUCGGUGAAAAUACAAUGUAAUGCUUUUCGUAGAAUGGUAGCAUUUUGAAGUUACUAUAGAAUCGAUAAAGAAGUACAUACAGAAUGGAAGCCAGUCAUAAACAGCUUAUUUAUCUUCUUAAUAAUCGUUCGUCUCGAUUAUUUGUAAGAGACAAAAAACUAAUUUAAAAGUUCGAGUAGGUAUCGUCAAAAGCAGUAUCAAUUUAAACUUGAUGUUGCAGAUGAUCAAUGUUGGAAGGAUGGUAUUGUCGUUCAAUUGCAAACAACAAUGCAGAUGCAGAAGACGAUGAUGACGAUAGCCCAGAGGAGGAAGUGCCUAAUUAUAAGGAUCAGUAUCGAAAUCUUAAAAGGAAGUUGAAAUUUCUAAUUUAUGAAAAUGAAUGUUUUCAAGAAGCUUUACGGUCUACGCAAAGGAAAUUACUUAAAGUAAAUAGGGAUAAAAGUUUUUUAUUAGAUCGAUUACUGCAAUAUGAAAAGGUAGACGCGUCGUUUAGUGAAAGUGAUGAAACAGAAUCAUCCGAUGAAGAAGUUACGCGUCUAGAUACUUCUAAAAGAAAAAAAAUAGAGAUGAGCAUUAGUAAUCACACUCCACAUCACAUGCCGACCGUGGCGAAACCGCUAAACACAAGUAAAAAGAAAAAAUCCGCUCCAAAAGUGACGAAGUCAAACAAUAUACCUAUAGUACAAUCAGCCAAUAAUGUAGUACCGAUGCCUUUAAUGUCGGAUGGUCAUAUGACACCGGAAGAGGUCGAAAGACAUUUAGAGUCGCGUCAAACUUAUUUGGAAUUAGUACCGGAAAAGGCACCGCCUACGGUUCCGACGGAAAUGUUCAGUAACGAUCCGUCGUUGGAUAGCGAAUCAAAUGAAAUUGGAGAAUUAGAAACUUCGCCGAGUAAUAUGGGCGAGGAUUGUCUCAGCGUGGAUAUGAUGGCUGAGUGACAAAACGUUUGUUUAUAGUUUAGCGAUUAAUUAAAAACUGCACAUAAUUAUGUAUCGCAUUAAUAUUAUCAUAUUUGGCUAACUUAACUGUAAUAAUCGUGACAUAAUACAAAUUUUUAUACGUGUAAUAGUA